AUGAAAGUUACCUUUGAACCAGUACCAGAGGCGGCUUCCAGUCCUUCGAUUUCGGACGUUUCAAGCGGCGGAUGUUGUGAUUUAUCCCGAGACAGGGUCGGUGUCAGGUUUGCCGAACUUCAUUGUUUGGAUGGCAAAGUGCUUUGGCGAUACCCAAACGGCGGGCUGAUGAUCAGGUUUGAGCCGAACUUGUUCGAACGAGGAGCUUUGCGCUUUUGCAUCCGGUUCAUGCGUCAGUCGUUGGACACUGCCUUGUUUGGUAUAGAUGGCAAUAAGAUUUCGCUGUUUGCCAGCAACAUUAAGGAAAGGGCCAAUGACAAUGACGACGACGACGCUGUCCAUUGUCUAACCACCAAUCACACCGAUGUGCUGCUUUUCAUGGAACUGCGCAAGCUGCACGGCAUGACCGGCUUUUACUACUCGGUCGUACCUUUGAACUCCAGCGCUUCGUCACACUCCGUUGAUCGGAUUAACGAUGUCACCUCCACUUGUAGACAGUGUUCGUUUUCUGGCACCAUCAUGGCGAUGUUGCACGCCGGUAUUGUUUUUCCGGUUCGUCUUCGUGCGGGUUGCUCGACGGAGAUGUAUUUCGGCCGCGGUAGCAAGUCAGAAUUUCUGAUAGUGGCUAAGUACGAACUGGGACGAGCGGUUCUUGUCUGCGCUCAGCCGUGGUCCGAGUGGCCCCCGAUCGAGACCAUUGGUCAUUAUCCGCCGUGGAGUGACUAUUGCAAUGGCCAUGUGGCCAUUUUGAUACGACAUUCAUUUUCGUUCCACGUCGUCAUCUGA